UGCAGAGAGUUCCUGAAGACUUCAACUUUUCCUGCCAAACCCUCUAUAAAACUUGACAUAUAAAGAGAACUACGCAAGCUAAAAGACUACACAGAACUGACCUGUCUUGACAAGAAAAGGUUUUAAGAAUGAAGGGAGUUGUCGUCCUACUAAUACUGUCUCUGUGCCUCACACUGUCUGGGGCACAAGGUGAGGGGGACCAGGCGGGGACCAGUUUGUCUUACUGUGUGCCUGACACCUGCUCCUUUAUCAGAGAGCUGGCUGUCCUGAAGGAGAAACUAGGAACCAUGGACCAGAAACUAGUAGCUGUGGAGACCAGGCUACAAGCCAGCGUGAGCCAGGUGGAUGAACUGAAAAGUACAAACAAAGCUCAGGAAGAAGAACUGAAGACAUUAAAGAAGGACAUAGCAGCUGGUCAGCCAAAGGUGGCCUUCUCUGCAGCACUAAGAACGUCUGGUUCUGGGAACAUCGGACCCUUCACCACUGACAUACCCUUACAGUACAAAAGAGUCUUCUCCAACUUCGGCAGUGGAUACAACCCUGCUACAGGUGUCUUCACAGCCAUGGUCAAAGGAGUGUACUAUUUCCGCUACACCAUGUUCUACAGUGGAAACGCCAAUGCUGUCGUGUCUUUGAGGAAGAACAGCCAGAUGCUUGUGUCCUCGUGGGACGUUGGUUCCGGACCUGCACAAGACUUCGCCAGCAAUGCAGCCGUAGUGGAGCUGGAGGUGGGAGACAGUGUCUACGCCCAGCUCAGUGCUAACAGGGAAGUCUUUGAAGAUGGCGGAAACUACAACACCUUCAGUGGGUUUUUACUCUUUCCCAUGUAAUAUCAGUAACACGUUUACAGUUCAUUUGGCUGUACAUAAGAGAAGGGUUUUGGGAAAAUACAUCACAACAGUAUGAAAGUCAAACAAAAUAAAAAGUUUACAAAAAUACAAAGUUGCGCUCUGAUUGAACUGUGAUGUCGAGACAGGGCCUGGUGUACUAGACAAAUAUAUAUAUAUAUUGCAUUGUUGUGACUGGCGCACUGAUCAAAGGUCACUGUCUGCUGUAAUAGUUGUGGUUUGAUGUUUAAUGAAGAACAGGUUCAAGCUGGUUGACUGAGGUGUUGGGGACGGUUGUGUUUGUUGAUCUUCUCCAUUGUUGUGACUGCUGGACUGUAGCCGUUUCAUUAAAGCCUUCUUACUGCUU